ACAAAGAACACGAUAAGCCCCACACCUACACUUCUCACCUGGGCUUGGGUGUGAUGGAGCUGGGCCCAGCAACAGCAGCAGGGGGAUCUGGUGAGGAUGGCCAUGCCCUCAUGGCUCGCUUCGAGCGAGCACUGCGUCUGGUCGUACGUGAUCUCCACGUUGACGUUGCUGCUUUCAAGCGAGUCAUUGAGCAGCGUCUGGACGAGACCUGCAAAGAUGCAGAACCCCUGGCUAAAAUGGUUGCUAAGCUCCAGGAAGAGAACCAGCAGCUGAAAGAGAGGCUAGAGGCUCUUGCACAGCUGGUGGAAGCCCUGCCUGGCAUACAGAUCCCAGCAAGUUUCCAAAAGAGCCUUGAUGAUCUCCAGCCUCUCCAAACAAGCCAAGUCCAAACCCAAGCCCAAGGCCACACUCAGAGCUAUGAGGGUCAAAGCUGCUUCCCAGGAACAGCAUCCCCAAUGGAUGAAGGUGGGAUGGAUGACCAGAACAGCACCUACUCUGCCCCUGGAUCUGUGUGUGUGGAUUCGGUGUCUACCUCCUCCAGGAGCUCCACUUCAGCAUCCACUGUUAUCAUGGAUACCAGUUAUCAGGCCAAUCUGAUAAGUAGAAAGGAAGAGGAGCAGGAGGAGGUAGAGAUGGAAGAAGAAGAAAAAGAAGACCCUUUAACUUCAGCUGGGCUGGAGAAUAAACCUGAAAAGGAGCAAGAAUCCUUUCAAGAACCAGAGGAAGUAGUGCCACUGGUCAGUGAGCUUCCAGACUCUCUAACCAUGACACCCCCUCAACAACUACCUCCUAACACAAUGUCUAGACCUGAAUCGCCCAUGGGAAGUGAAUAUUCAGGAUACUCUGGAUAUUCUGGAUACUCUUCAGUGUCAUCAUUGGUAGGCUUGACUACCAGACAGCGCCCUGUAACUGCAGUGAGCAGAGCAAGAGAUCUAGCUGUUCAUAUGAGGUCCAAAUCGCAGACGACUACCAGUGAUAACCGUGCCCAGACUACUACUACCAGCCAAAGCCUUGCACAAUCAUAUACAAAAAAUAUCGACAAAGUCCAGUCUUCCACAACACUGCUGUUCAACCAGUCUGCUUCAGAUAUCUCUACAAGGAAUACAGUCACAGAAUCUGCCCUGACAACUGAGAGCCAGGAAAUGAAGUCAGCAACCAGCAGUCAAACAAUGUCCACUGUUUCAGUAGCAGGGCCCCAAACAUCUGGAGGUCUUAUGGGAAGUCCAUUAAGUCCUAGGUCUCUGAAGACUUGGAGGACACAAACCAACCUGACCUCUACUCUUAACCAGACCAUACCACCACCAGUUCAGUUUAGCCAAUCAUCUACAGAGAACUCUUUGGAAGGGUUGGAGAUAAAGUCAGAGAUCAAUAGCCAGCAGACACCAAAUGCUAUCCUGGCAACACCCGUGCAACUGUUUGGUGAUAUGACUGAUCCCAUAGGCCAAAGAUACUCAAGAACAUCCAUGAACCUUAAAUCUACAACUAACACGAAGCAACAGCAAACAGAUAUGGAUCAAUCAACAUCUGAGAGCUUCACACCAAAGGCAGUUACAGAAGUGUCUUCCUUUGUAAAUGAAAACACCCUGGAGUCACAUGAAAUAAAGUCUAAGGUCAGCUUUCUGGAAAACGGCCCUGCAAUGAGUCUUAAAUCUGCACAAGCAACCAAUCAAAACACUCUGAAACAGUCAGCAUCAUUCAGCGAGACACCAUCAGAUACAUCUGCAUCUGCAAAUGAUCAUCAUGUCGCCCCUUUCUCCAUUAAACAGCCUGUCAGUGCCACAAGCAAAUUACCAGAUUCUUCCUUUAAAACCGAACGCUUACUGUCAUCACAAGUAAUCAGGCCGGCAGUCAACGUUCAGUCAGACCUGAUAACCAUGACCAUACCACACCAACCGGUCAGCACUAUGACGGUACCAGUGAGCCCCAAAUCUCUGAGAUCCACCAACCAAAGCCCUACUCCAUUCAAAUCAACAUCUAGAGUCUCACCUGUUGCUAUGAGACAGCCAACAACUUUUGGCCAAUCAGCUUCUGAAUCCAGUGGACCUGUAAGCAGCCACCAUGUUGCUCCCUUCUCUCAAGUGGCUGCCUCUUCUACAAGAACCUUUGGGCCCUCCUUUAGAGAUGAUCAUCCUCGAACAGCCAGAUCAACCGCUCAGCAAGAAGAUCCAGUUGCUGUAUCAUCACCACAACAACAACCUCUAAGCACUAUGACUGUUCCUAUGAGCCCCAAAUCGCUGAGAUCAACCAACCAAAGCCCGACUCCAUUCAAAUCUGCAUCUACACAAAGACCAGCUGUCGGGUCACAAUUUAGAUCUGAUAACACUUCAGGUUCUGAUAAAUCCACGGGCAGUAACGUGUAUCAAGAAUCUCCCACAACGGCUACUUCUCAGUAUCCUGUGUCCUCCAUGAUGCGAAUAAGCCCUCAGAUACCCAGAAGACUGAUGACUUACAACCCUACCCAGAACUCAGCUUCCAGUCUCAGUCGUGCCCAAUCUGUUAUUCAGCUCUCAGCAGCCGAGCUAAACUCUGUACAGUCUUCGAGCAUAACCUCACAGCUCAGUGGAGCUCAAUACUCGGCUUUACCACCAACCACAGACCAAUAUGCUUCUCCAGCUCAACAGGAAGCAAAGUCAAGUGUGGGCAACCCAGCUGCAGUCUCUCGCACUUUCUCACAGCCUCAGCUGUCCAUUGGUUCUCUAAGCAGACGUGCAGAGUCUCCAUCUGGAAGUGAAUACUCUGGCUACUCUUCAGUGUAUUCCUCCAUGUCACAGGAAGUGAGGCCAUCAGUAAACAGUCAGCAUGUGACUUCUGGCCAGCCUUCUGCAGCUGCUAUAACUCGCAUGAGCCCCAGAACUUACAGGAGACCAGCCAAUCCCAACACAGCAGGGUCGUCUUCAUCAUCACAGAUGGAUGUCUCUCCGGCAUCACAGGAAGUGGGGUCACUGGGGAUGCCUCACGUCUUCUCACAGCCUCAGGCCAACUCUCUUGCUAGACGGUCAGAAUCACCUUCUGGAAGCGAAUAUUCGGGAUAUUCCUCAGCUUACUCCACAGUGUCACAGGAAGUGGGGUCAGUUGUAGAUGGUCAACGUAACUUUGCAUCGGUAACCACAGCAACACCCCAAGCUCCUGUCACUUCUAUGACUCGCAUGAGCCCUAAGCCCUUCAGGAGACCAGCUGUUCCCAGCCCUGCUCUGCCUAACCCCUCCCCUCCACUAAAGUCGAAGGUGUUUGGCCAGUCAACACCAAGCACUAACUCACAUCUAUCUAUCACUGAGCUUCCAGCUAAGUCUGGUAGCUCCAUUAUGUCACAGGAAGUGAAGUCAUUGAUCAGCAGCCAGUUUUCGUCCAUGUCAACACCGCAGCUGACCGGCACACAUAUCUCCCAAGACAACCAAGUCCUACGAAGCCCCAAGUCCUUCAGCAGGCCAACCAACCUUACUCAAGCUCAACUUGGUUCUGCUCCUCAUAUCAACCCAUUGCUUUUCAGCCAGUCAGCAUCAGACACAGCACCUAAACCAAGGAGGGAGUCUCCCAGCAGACCUGUGUCUGCGGUGAAGCCAUGGACCUCUAGCCAGAAGAUAAAUACAAGUUUAUCCAGCCCUUCUGACAAGACUUUUUCCAAGCCAGCUUCUUUCUCUGAUUCAAAAGAAGCCAGUGAAAACUUCAUGAAGAAGACCAUAACUGUGACUGGUGGGAGGAGUUUGACAAAGUCACAGAUGCUGCCAAGGAACAUGGGCGUCCUGGGAAAGCAGGCCUUGUUUGAAAGAAUGGAUUCUGAGCUUAACAGGACUAAGAGUGCUGAAUCAAAGCCUAAACUGAAACGAUCUCAAAGCUGCGACACAUCCAGCGCCAACAGCAUCAAGCAGCUUCUGUUAGAGUGGUGCCGUUCCAAAACCACUGGCUACCAGCACAUAAACAUUAAUAACUUCUCCUCCAGCUGGAUUGAUGGAAUGGCCUUCUGUGCUCUGGUCCACUCUUUCUUCCCCAAUGAGUUUGACUACAAUGAACUGAACCCUGCUCACCACAAACACAACCUCGAUCUAGCCUUCACCACUGCUGAGGAGAAGGCAGACUGCAUUCGCCUGAUCGAAGUAGACGACAUGAUGGCCAUGGGGAAGAAUCCUGACCCCAUGUGUGUGUUUACGUAUGUGCAGUCCCUGUACAACCACCUCAAGAGAUUUGAGUGACUGCUUAAAACACAGCCCACCCCCUCUCUAAACAGCACUGGAACGCAGGAUUUUUAUAUUAUUUCUUCUAUUUUAUCUCUUCUUUCUGCCUUUCUUUGUGAACUGCUCGGUUGAAAAUCAAGUCGUUGCAGUUGCUGAAUUAGCUUUAGGUCCAUCAACUUGAGUAUGAACACUGAAUUAAUAUUGUAUGUCAUGUUAUUUGCACGUUCACUGUAGCUUCAUUGCUCAGCCUUUACUGCCCCGCAUAAUUUACUAGUUGAGAUGUGAACAAAGUCAUUCAAAGUGGUUUGACAUGCAAUGAGUAACUUUCACACAAUCAUUUCACAUUAAACCAUUCUGAAUGGCUUUGCUGAUGUCUUUAACCUGAUAAAAUCCCAUACUAAGGCUUAUUAUGCAGUAACUAUUGGGACUGCAGAGCAAAGUGGCUGAGCUACUCUUGGAUUAUAGAAAUGUGUAAUGAAACAUUGCUGACCAUUUACGGGGUUAAUACCUAAAGCAGAACAAAUACAGACGCAUUGAAUGUUGUCUCACAUUAGUGUGUCCUGUCAGAUGCAUAUUAGGGAAGAACAGACUGCUGAGCUGCCCAAAAAGGCCAGUAAUAAGUGAGGGAGGCAUGAACUGUAGCCAUGGCUUGGAACAAAACAUUGCUUUAACCGUAGUUUGCUGUGUAAAAAUGUCCAGUGGCCGCAGCGCAUAGCAUUACAGUAGCGGGGCUGACCCAGAGGCCUGUAGAUGCAUACGCUGCUGGGUUUUAUAGGUCUGUCACGCUGAGGCUUUUUACACUGAGUACUACAGUACAGUAUAAUGAGAUUAUGAGCGGGACUGUUUAUCAGAAAGGUGAAGAAACGGUCAGAGUGUGUCCAUCAGAUGGAAAAGGGACAUGUGUGUGUAUUGAAUGAGAGGUUUAUUGAGA